AGUACCCAACUUUAAAAUGAUUUUAUUUGCUUUCAGCACUCAGUGUUCAGAGAUACAGUAACCAGUAAUAGUCAACAUGAGUUUUUGUACGGAAUUAGUUUAUUUUUUGUAUUUAUUCUGCCUUGUGGAAACUUCACCAAUCGUGUCGAUAAAUGGACAACGAAUGGAGUUGACGGAAAAUGAGGUCAAGCUUUUGACUUUCAAUUUCACCGAAACGGAUAGGCCUGUCAAAGUAUUUAUCCAGAGUUCAAAUACUGAAAUUUUCACAGUUAUUGCAGGCACUCAUCAUAAUAUUACUGAUGGACAAUAUGGGAAUUUUUCUACUCAAAUUCACGGUGAAUUUUUAGGACGUGCCGAGUUGCAUUUGUAUGUAAACAAAUAUUUCCAAGGGACGCAACCGAGCGAAGCAAUAAGCGAACGUGCUGUAAACGAAACCUGGUACAAAGUUGAUGAUUCUGUCGACAUUGUAGUUAAGCGAGCUGACAGUCCACUGAACACGGUUUUCACUUCCAUUGUGAUCAUAUUGGUAUGCUUAGCAAACAUUGCCAUGGGCUGUAAGACUGAGCUGAAGGAAGUGAGGAAAACCAUGAGGAGACCUGUCGCACCUGUUACAGGGCUACUUUCACAAUUCAUCCUCAUGCCACUGAUAUCUUUAGGAGUUGGUUACUUGCUUGGACUAAAUGCAGCCUUGUGGUUUGGAUUCUUUGCUAUGGGUUCCUCACCAGGUGGAGCUGCUAGUAACAUAUACUGUUAUCUGUUGGAUGGGGAUGUGUCUUUGAGUGUUACCAUGACAUUCAUCAGUACUUUAUCAUCUUUAGCCCUGAUUCCUGCCUGGAUUUACAGUGUAGGGGUAAAUGUGAUCUACAAGGAUAUAGAAAUCUCCAUUCCAUUCACCAACAUCAUCAUCUCUCUGAUAGGCCUGAUCAUUCCUGUUGGCAUUGGAAUUCUGAUACAGACAAAGAGACCGAAGUGGGCCAAGUUCAUUGAGAAGUUAGUUCGACCAAUCACCGUUAUUUUUGUAAUUUUGGUAUUUACUGUAGGGGUGUAUGCUAAUCUUUAUGUGUUUAAACUACUUACGCCUGUGACACUACUGGCAGGUGCCCUUGUUCCAUAUUGUGGGUUUUUCUUUGGUGCUGUUGUUGCUUUCCUUACGCGACACGAUAGACAGAAAAUUCUCACUAUUGCCAUUGAGACAGGUAUCCAAAAUACGGGUAUUUCCAUCGUCAUGCUUCAGUUAUCACUGCCUCUUCCAGACUCUGAUAUAGGAAUUGUGGCUCCGAUUAUAUGUUCUGUUUUCACCCCUAUCCCAAUGGCAAUUGCCAUUAUAUCAUAUGAAAUAAAGAAAAGGUGUUGCACAAAGAAGCCUCCAAACAGUGAGAAAAUGGGAGGUUUAGAUAAAGUGGCAAAUGCUGAAAAUUCAGAGGUGAAAGGGUUGUCUUACCAGCCUGUGACUGAGAAAGGAAGUGAUAGUGAAGCUGAUGCAACCAAAGAAAUGGAAGAAGACGGAGACGUAAAACAAAAGAAUGGAACAAUUUGACUUGUCAGGUGUGUGGAGUGUAUGUGUCCUUAGAUGCAUUGUGCAGUAUAGCAGUAGGAAUAAAUAUUGGUGAUAAGACAUUGCUCAGUGUAAAAGUGAUAUUAUUUUUUAAAAGAAUUUAUAAAGUUAAUGUGACCCAAGAGAAAAUAGUAAAUAUUCAUGGUAAAAGUUGAUUACUUUAAGGAAAAAUAGUUAAUAUGACUUGGAAAAAAUGGUAAAUAUUGGUCAGUGUAAAAGUGAUAUUAAUCAAUUUAAAGAAUAUUGAUUUUAAUUAACUGUAACUGUCAUUUGUUGUAAUAAUUGAGUACUCUCUGUACCUGUAAAGAUUUACUGUAAACCAGAGGCCUGUUCAACAGAUCAAGUGCUCAGGAACAUUUCUGUUGGAGGGAUAAGGGAUUUUGGCGAGCGCUUGCGAACGUUCACUCUGUUGAAGAUGCCUCAGAUUUUAUUUGUGUGUGAGAAAUAUCUGUGACUUUCAAGACUUUUUUUAUGCUCUUGAAUAUUUCUCACCUUAAACCAUUAAUUUAACUUUUCAAAGCUAUAUAUGGCGUAUCUGAGCUUAAAAAAUAAAAAUACGAGAUUGAGUGUAGAUGAACAUGAUAUUUGUUAUUAUCGUUCAAAUUAAAAUUUUCACCAAUUUUGAACUUGAAUAAUCCCACGUUUCUAUAGUUAAAUUGAUUUUAAACUGUGUCUG